AUGCAGGUAACAGCGCCAAAGUUCCCGGUGGUGAUCAAGAUUGGGCACGCUCACAGCGGCGUGGCCAAGGUGAAAGUGGACUCCUUGGCCGACUUCCAGGACAUUGCUGGCGUUGUCGCUAUGCUGGGGACAUAUUCCACUGUGGAGCCUUACAUCGAUGCUAAGUAUGACAUCCACAUCCAAAAAAUUGGUACGAACUACAAAGCCUUCAUGCGCAAAUCUAUAUCGGGCAAUUGGAAAACCAAUCAAGGAUCGGCCAUGCUUGAAGCCAUUGGAAUGAACGACAGAUAUAAAAUGUGGAUAGAUGAGGUAAGCGAGAUCUUCGGCGGCUUGGAAGUAUGCGCUUUGGAAUUAGUGGUGGGAAAAGACGGGCGGGAGCACAUCAUUGAAUUGAACGACUCGGCUACCUCUUUCAUGGGCGACUCGCAAGAGGAAGAUCGGCGCCAUCUAGCGGAGCUUGUUUUGCAGCGUAUGCAGGCCGUCUGCCGCCCGGGCAUCACGAAGACUGCGUCUCGGACCUCGGUGUCGGGCAGUGGGGCGGCUUCACCCGAGGAGCGUUCGAUCAGCGCGGGUCCACCGAGUGUACCGCCACCAGCUCCGCUUGCCACCGCCACCAGCAUCGACCGCCCUCUGCCACCGAUACCAGCGGAGCCCGCACAACCGCCGCCGCCGCCUUUGACCAGGCGUGACUCGCAAGCAUCUCAAUCAUCCACCGUAUCAUCGGCGUCGGCGGCACCGAGCACUGCAAGCAGCUCGGCCCAGGGCGCAGCGCCCCCUCAGCCGUCCACGUCAUCCAGCGGCCGCGGGGGCUUCGCCCGUCAGGGCUCUCUGAGCGCUACACUCACUGAAGACGCAGAGGACACCAUGAAGAACCUGAGAAAAACUUUCGCCGGCAUAUUCGGGGACAUG